AUGGCUGGUGGUGGCGGAGUGGCAAAGUAAAUAUCCAACUCUAGCCACCGACACGGAGGUGAAUAGCUGUUUUAGUGCAUGCUAAAACAGCGGGAUAAUAGACAGAAAUAUGGUUUUAGCUUAUUUAUUCCUGCAUGAUUACUACUUUCGGGCGCAAAUCCCACGCAAAUUGCUAAUAGCAAGUGAAUAGCAAAGGAUAUUUGGAGUUUGAAUAACCAAUCCGAGUGCUCCUUAAACACCAUCUACUUAUAUACUGAAGUUUGUUGUGGUUCCUGAAGGACGCUCGAGGCCAUUCAGAAGAGCACCUCAUUUUCCACGAUCUUUUGCAUAUGUUGUCACCCAAGAGAAAAUAGAAAUCCCAUGCUAAUUCAUUUUGUUUGAUUCAUGCUAAAGAAACCUCAUGAAAUUAGUCCUCGAAGUUUAUCUCUAAUACGGGCCCUCAUUUCGAUUACAGUAACAGGCUAUUUUUUCCGUUUUUCUUCAAGAAUUUUUGUGCGCAAUCACCAUGCAAGAACUACGGAACCUGUCAGUCGGGUUUUACAAAACAACGGUAUCGAUGUUUAUGUCCUAAAGGAUACAUCAGCCACGAUUGUGAAACAGGUAAGUCCAAAAAAUAAAAGAUAAUUUGAUUUUAUCAAUAGAGUUGAUAAUGUAAAUUGGUUGCCUUCUUCUUAUUAAACAUAUUAACAUGAAUAAUCUACUUUAUUAGUAUGGGUACAAAACGACUCAAUAA